AUGGGUCGCGUUCGUACCAAGACCGUCAAGAAGUCCGCCAAGGUCAUCAUUGAGCGUUACUACCCCAAGCUCACCCUGGACUUCGAGACCAACAAGCGUGUCUGCGAUGAGAUCGCCAUCAUUGCUUCCAAGCGCCUCCGCAACAAGAUUGCCGGCUACACUACCCACUUGAUGAAGCGUAUCCAGCGUGGUCCCGUCCGCGGUAUCUCUUUCAAGCUCCAGGAGGAGGAGAGAGAGCGCAAGGAUCAAUACGUUCCCGAGGUCUCUGCUCUGGACUUCGCCCAGAACUCCGACAACGGUCAGCUCGACAUCGACACCGAGACCAAGGACCUCCUCAAGCACCUUGGCGUACGUUAUUUAUCCUUCCUUUGGCAACACGACACCCCCACAGUUCUGGCUAACUUUACUAUGCAGUUCGACUCCAUCCCCGUCAACGUUGUCCCCGUCACUCAGUCCCAGGGCACCGAGCGCCCCCGCCGCUUCGGCGACCGUGCUCCCCGAUCAUAA